AGGUUAUCAGAGAGGGAGGGUGCUUGAGCACUGUUGACUUGUCUGGUCCUAGCUGAAGUGUCACUGCUCCUUUGAACGUUUGGCAGUAGACACACCUCCACUUGCUCUACACACACAACGCUCACUGAACAUCAUGCACCGCAGAUCAAACUCCACUCCAGCGGACUACUUCAAAACAACGAGUGCUUAUCUUCCUUUCUCUUGGUGAUUUGGAGAGCUUUUUUAUUGUAUGUGUUUUAAUGGGAACUUUCUUUUUUUGCCUCACAUCUGCUGUUCAGCUGUGUGAACCUUGAGAAACUUGCAAGCUGUUGGAUGUGCUUGUUUUUAGGAUAACCGAGGGAGAGGUGAAAAGGAGUCAUUGAUGGUGUUGUUCAAGAUUUGGACAUACGGUGGGAAAAAAUGCAAGUUUAAAUGCAUUGUAUUUCAGUCAGCGCUAUAAAAAAGGACAAGUCCUAAGCCAACAGAUGUGUCUUGUACUUACAGUAGUUAUGCGUCUCUUUGAUGUUGCUUGUUUCUCCUUUUCCAACUGACAAACUCGCAUUGACUUGGGCACAUAUAAAAAACACAAAAUGGACUCAGUAAUAAACAGCACCAUAUGUCCUAACGGGACACAAUACAGUGAACAUCAAGGAUUCAAACCUCUAGUGCUGGUUGUCAUGGUGAUCAUCAUUAUUGUCAUGGGUAACCUUCUGGUCAUCAUCGCAAUAGCUCGCACCUCACAGCUGCAGACCACGACGAACAUCUUCAUCAUGUCUUUGGCAUGCGCUGACCUCAUCAUGGGGGUGCUGGUGGUGCCAAUGGGUGCCACGAUUGUCAUAACGGGUAAAUGGCAACUUAAUAAGACUAUGUGCGAGUUAUGGACAUCGGUGGACGUGUUAUGCGUUACUGCCAGCAUAGAGACCCUAUGUGUUAUUGCGGUGGAUCGGUUUAUCGCCAUCGCGCGCCCGCUGCGCUAUAAAGUGCUUCUGAAUAAGUGCAGGGCUCGGUUUAUCGUGUGCGUCGUGUGGGGGGUCUCUGCUCUGAUCUCCUUCGUGCCCAUCAUGAACCAGUACUGGCAGGCAACGGAAGACAAGGAAGCAAAUUGUUGUUACAAUGACCCAAACUGCUGUGACUUUGUAACAAACAAGCCCUACGCAAUUAUAUCUUCCGUCGUUUCAUUCUACGUCCCACUUCUCAUCAUGAUAUUCGUCUACGCUCGGGUCUUCCUAAUCGCCACGCGACAGGUACAGUUAAUUGACAAGAACCGCCUGAGGUUCCAAAAUGAAUGCAUGGGAAAUCAGGUACAACCAUCGCUGCAAGGCAACAACAAUGUCCCGUCGUGUAAUAACGGCGGGGGCUCAGCGUCCAUGCGCAAGGGUUCUCGCAGACGAUCCUCGAGACUCACCGUCGUCAAAGAGCACAAGGCCCUAAAGACUCUGGGCAUCAUCAUGGGCAUCUUCACACUAUGUUGGCUGCCCUUUUUCGUGGCGAACAUCAUCAAAGUAUUUAAUCGAGACGUGCCACCAAAGGAGAUUUUUCGCUGGUUAAACUGGCUGGGCUACAUUAACUCAGGCCUGAACCCCAUCAUCUACUGUCGGAGCCCCGAGUUUCGUGCAGCCUUCAAAAAUCUUCUUGGCUGUCCCUGGAUACCCUUGCUGAGAAUGAACGUCCUCUACAAGGAGCUUCGGACUCGAUGCCCCUGCUUUUCGGGGUCUGCGGAGCGGGGAAUGGUUGAAUCUUUCCAGAAGCCCCCGACGUUGACAGGGACAAUGUCUGGGGAUGGUAGCGUGGGGAGCAGUCAAAGCAGCUGCAGGAGCGAGGAGACGUCGCCGGGACCCCCUCACUCCAAUGGCAGCACGUACUUCUCGAAACCAGAGGCAGAGUUCUGUAACCUACAAGAGCAGGAUGGCUGAAAGAAGCUGAGGAGGAUAUGAAGACCUCGGUCACAGUUUGCUGACCUUCCCCAGCAGGGACCACAAGGGCCCAGAGAAAUACCCAAUAAAGCCGUCAGGGGGGCCUCCUCCAAAAAAUGACUUUUUCGGAAAAUACGGAAGCAGAAAGAUCAGAAGGGGGCAAACUAUAAGCAAGCGCUGACCCAAGAGAAAGAGCCUGAACUGGUACUGCUUACAGAAGAAUAAUGGAGUGAUCCGUACUGGUUACAUUCCAUUAAUGCGAGGAGUACUGGAGUUGGCCCGGGUUGGUCCAGUCUGAAUGGCAAACGAUGAAUCCGACCUGUACGACUUAAUUUUUAAUGACUUUGUUAGUUUAUGCACACAUAUGUUGUUGAUGUUUUCAAAUAUAGAAAUUAGACAGAUUUUGUACACUAUAUUAAAUUAUUUUCUAUUUAUUUUACUCUCCACAUUUUAGCUGUGAAUGUCCGAAACUCUUACCACAUUAAUAUAUCUGUGUUUUCUCAAAUAACAUUGUUCAUUUUAAAAGGAUAGUUCACCCCAAGAUGAAAAUUCUUUCAUCAUUUAUCCACCCUCUCGUCAUUUCAAACCUGUAUUACUUUCUUCUGCAAAACACAAAAGAAUAUAUUUUGAAGAAUGUUAUUAAACAAAAACCGUUGGUCCCUAUUCACUUCUAUUGUAUGGACAAUAAGUCAAUAGGGACCGGUGUUUUUUGUUACCAACAUUCUUCAAAAUAUCUUCCUUUCUGAUAUGAAUAAGAAUGGAAGUCAUACAGGUUUGAAAUGACAUGAGUGUGAGUAAACGAUGACAGAAUUUUCAUUUUGGGGUGAACUAUCCCUUUAAGCAGUCUAUCAACCUCAGUAUAAGCUACAAGACUUCCGGAUCACCCCGUCGACACUGCAAAGCGGCGUGACAAAAUUCGAAUGCUCUCGAGAGCACUGUGAACGAUAAUCGAAGUGUAGCCAGCUUCAAUAGUUUUAAAGGGAGCAUUUGGGUUGGUCACGAGACUUGUUGUGUAGACGUGUCAAAAGCCAGCAGAUAAUAAAAAGAAGUCAAAUUAUACACUCAAAAAUCCUCUUUUACAUCUUACAUCUGUUGUGUUUACUCAUGUUUAUGGUUUUUUUGGUGUUAUUUUUUAAGUUUCUUGGAAAAAAUGAUCACACCCCUGAAUCCAUUGUUACAUGACGCACAAUACUGCUUUGUAUUACACUAAUGUAGGCUUGGAAGCAAACAUUUGAAGCCUAAUAUGCUAGAAUGUAUUUUUGCCAUGAGGAAACGCAUACAGUAAGUUGUUGUUUCUACUGAUUGCAAUUCCAUCUCAUCCGUUUCAUAGAAAUUAGAAACACAUCCUCCUUCACUUCACUGCGGAGAACGAAAUUUAGCAGGUUUUCUUAUUUAGCAGGUUUUUUUUAUUUGCAUUCUAGAUUCUAAAAGCACGAUGUGAGAACUAUCAACAACCCAGUCUCAAGGCAUAUUGUGGCGUAGGCACGAAAUUUGGAUUGUGUCAAGGACACGAAUUUCCCCAAUUUUUCAUGUCACCAGCACCACUUUCAAUACACAGACCGCCUGUGUCUUUACAUUUAUAUAUUUAUAACCUGAUAUCAAAAGUAGUCGUAAAUAUUUUAGGAGUUGGCUAACACCUUACCUCACCACAAACCCUAAAAUCACAACCGCAAAGACUAAUUUAGCUAAAAACGUGAGUUUCACGAGGUGGCAAAGCAAGGAUAAAUGGCUACCCUAACCCCGCCCCUAAACCUAACGUCACAGGGAAAAGUUAAAUCAUAACAAAACAUAUAUGAGAUUGUAGGAAAUAGGAGUGACCCACCUUGUAAAAUAGGUAUGAAUUCCCAUCAGAUUGUGUUGAUAGAUAUUUAUACAUAUGAAAGAUAUUGCGUAUUAAAAUACUUUAGAUUGAAAGUCGUGCUGACUGACACGAAAAAAGGGGAAAUUUGUGUCCUUGACACGAAUUAAUAGAUUACAGUUUGUGACAAUGUCACGAAUUCCCUUGAGACUGUGUUGCUGUGAAAUAUGAUGAUCGAAAAUGUUGGUUUAAUGAUAGAGUUCUGAUGCGAUGUUACCAGGACAAAUGUGAGAGGUUUCAGGUAUACUUUAUAAUUAGAUAUAUUGGUAGAGAUAUAAAAACAGCAUCAAAAUAUCUUCUUUUGUGUUCUGCGGAAGAAAGAAAUUAAACCAUGACAGAAUUUUCAUUUUUGGGUGAACCAUCUCUUAUGUAACAAAAACAAACAUUUUAGAAUGUGGUCUGACUUUUGAGCUCUGUACACAAUUUCCACAGAACGUUUAUUUACAGCGUUUCAUUUUAUGUGUGUGGGGCAAAAAAUUUGAGCUGCAAAAAGGCUUGAAAUUAUAAAAUAAAAAAGCUGUUAAAGAUACUCGUGUGGGUCUCAAAAUGUGUGUCAGUGAUUGUGUAAGAGAGCAAGAACUACAUUUAGGACUGUUCAGGUUUAAAGUGAUUGCAUAAGCAAAGACAAUACUUUGAUGUUUGAUCAGCGUUCUUCAAUGUGUUUCAAUAAUUUAUGAAAUAUUUUUUGAAUUAAUAACUUAAUGUAAAUAUGUUUAAAAUAAUGUAGACUCACAUGUGAUGAAUUUAUAUCAGUAGCCUAAAUAAAGCUGUUUAAUUCUACAUGGAGCAGGUCA